ACUUGAGGCCUAGACCACUUGACCUGAACCAAACUAUCUCAACUUACCUACGACUCAUCGCACAUCGCCACGAAUAUAGAAGUAAUUCAAUGCAAAUCAAGCAACUCCCGUACGAAAUCCUUUCCAAGAUCCUCGAGGAGGUUGCCGAAGCCAACAUUCGAGAUGGCCCAACGUACACCUUUGGUCUAUCCCAGGCACCCCUGCCACUCCAGAAGUCAACUCUUCAACGCUAUGUGAGAGGCCCUGUUCCACCUGAGAUGCUCAAGUGGGAUGCCAUUUGUGCUAUUCGGACCGUCUGCUGGCAAUGGCACGAGUGGGCUCUGGAGUACGCUCUGAAGAAUGUGUACAUCCGCCGCUGGAAGGGAGGUGAGCGAUGGGCAGAGCUGUCCAACCGACGAUCAAGCUACCCCUUGUAUGAGCUCAUUGACCGUCCCACCGGCACUGCUGUUUACCGCGACCCCUUUGCUUCCUUGAAGCAGACCGUAAGGAACUUCAAUGACUUCCCGGAGCUGGCCUCUAAGAUCAAGCGCAUGUGGUUCCACGGUUUCUACACUGCCGAGACGAACCGCAUGAUCUUCGACUCCCUUAAGAACUGCACCAACCUUACAUCCUUAUCUGUCCCUUGGACCACGAUUAGGCAUCUGGACGCAGCCUCGUGGAGGACCCUCUUGACCGGUAGCGGCAAGCCCCUUGGGUCGUUGGAGCUUCAGUGUAUCGACCCCACCUCACAGCAAGCCACAGAGAAGGAGAACCAGAUCGACCUUCAGGCGCUACAGUCAGUCAAUUUCGGUCAGUUGAGGCGACUGAAGAUUUUCGGCGAUACCACUUUCAUGCCGAUCACCGACGACGACCUCUUCGCGAUUGCUCGCACCGCUACCCAGCUUGAGGAGUUCCACAUGACUUGCAUCUCGACGAUCACCAUCGACGGUGUCAUGGCUGUUGUCAAGGCAUCUCGCAACACACUCCGGGUACUUGAGCACAGCCCGCGGUCGCAGGAUGGCUUUUGGCACCCUCACCCGGGAUCGCCGAGCGACAGUGAGCACCUCUGUGAAACUUUCCGAAGUUGCCCUAAGCUUGAGACUUUGUCCAUCUCCCUUCCGUCUGUAUGCGCGGAUCUGUUCUCUCACGAGGAUGCCAAAUUCAGGGGCGAUAUGCAGGUGCGCGCUCUCCACUUGUGCGGCCACGAGCACGGGCGCUCGACCCAGGAAGCCACGGAUGCAUUGCAGAAGUUGCUGCAGCAGUCGCGUGCCUUGGUGCAGCGACGCGCUAAGAGCGCCAUUCCUCAGGAGCUCUAUGUAGAGCUUUUUUUUGCAGACUGCAUCUUCGAGCCUGGAUUCAGCUCCGUCCACGGCGACUUUGCUCUGGCUCAGGCCAUCUCUGACGGACUCUGGCCCGCGAACGUCGAGUUCAGUGGCAAGGGUCCAUACGGCAGCACUGGACUUUACGAGAAGGAGGAAGAGGGCCCAUUCCAGCGCAUUGAGGAGGACGAGUUCCUGGCUGGCGUUCGCAGGAGGCUCCACUCAAUCUCGACUUGAUCGCAGAGCGAUCGGCGACGAACCACUUCACUUCUUCUGUA